AUGGCUAAAAAGGGAGGCGAAAACACCAAAAAGGCUGCUGGUAACGCCAAGAAGGCCGAAAACGCUAAUAAAAAGAAACAGGCUGCUUUUGACGCUGCUGAAGCUGAAGAGGCUGCAAAAUGGGACGAAGGGUCCAAGAAGGGAGGCAAGAAGAAGGAAGAUGCCCAGUUCAAAAAGGAAGAAGCUGCACGUAAAAAGGCUGAACGUGACGCUCUUUUGGCUGCUGAAGAAUCGGCAUUGCCUGCAAAGGGCCAGAAGGAUAAGCAGAGAGGUGCUGCUAAGGUGGCUGCUAAGAGAACAGGUAAGAUUGACGAUUUCCUUGACUUCAACAGCGACAAGCCUGAGCUUAGCGCUUCGGGUAUUGACGGUGCUUUGGAAGCUUUGUCAUUGACCGGAAGGGACGGUGGUGUCAGUGCUAAGGACAUUGAGAGACACCCAGAGAGAAGAGUGAAGGCUGCGUACGCUGCUUACGAGGAGAGGAGAUUGCCUGAGGUGAAGAAGGAGAACCCAGGUUUGCGUCAGCAGCAGAUGAAGCAGUUGAUUUAUAAGGAGUUCCAGAAGUCGCCAGAGAACCCUAUGAACCAGGCCAACACUGUGCUGUACAACGCUACCGAGGGCGAUGUGGAGGCCAAGAAGAGCGAGUUGAAGAGCCUGCGUGAGAAGAAGUUCAACUAA